AUGAGCGAGCCUCAUAUUCCCUUCACCGGCGGUUCAUCCCAUCGGUCUCCACAUCGAUCUCCACUCCAUUCUCGACAGCAUUCAGCCCAUCGGUCUCCACAUCAUUCUUCCCAUCAGUCUCCACAUCAUUCUUCGCCGACCCAUCGUGCGUUUUACCGUCCGAUUAUGUCUCCCAGACCAAGAGUCAAUUUUUCCUUCACUCGCUUUUCCUCCCCUCGACUUCUCGGCGUCGGUUUGGAGAUUCUUUUAUUGACUUUUCGGUUUCAGCAGAGUUCGCUAGAUGGCCAUCGAUACAUUACACGAGUAACUUUCUUUCGAGUAUGUUCGAGGGUGUUGCGGGUCGCAUCAGCCGAUAACCCAGGUGAGGUGAGCGUGAGAGGUUAUCAGCGCCAUGAGGAGCAGGGAUCGAGUCAGACUCUAGGGACUCCACCGUUGGCUGUGAGUAAAGGCCAGAGAGUGACGAAGGAGCCCGAUAGAUUGACUUAUAGCCUUUUUCGGGCUAAAAAGCCCAAGAAGAAGUAG